AUGGAGAGGCCUCCUCUAAGAGCUGUCGGGAAUUUGGAGAAGUUUCUCAUCCAUCAGCACCUUGUCCAGUUCUUUAACAACGUGCAGGUUGCUUGCGUUUACUCUCUCCCAGCCAGAGUACUCAUUAACCCCCGCAAGAGGCUCCCAGGGCUUGUCUAUGCUGCCUUGGGAAAGACGAUAGAAUGCCAUCCAAUUCUUGGACUUGCUCUGAAGAACGAGGAUAGCCCUGAACCAGCAUGGAGGAGACUUGAGCGAGUCGAUUUGCGGCAAAUCGUCGAGUUCAUUGACGCAGAUCCCUAUGCGCCACUCGACACGUGGAUUCAAGAGCAACACCAAAAACCAGUCCACAAACCUCAGGAGCUCCCCUUGUGGCGUUGCGUAUCUGUUCAUUCGUCGCAGGAUGCCGAAGACGCAGUAUCAUUUGCCCUAUCCUUCUCAUUCCACCACGUUGUUGGGGAUGGUCUGUCUGGAGCGGCAUUUCACAGGACCUUUCGUCAUGCUCUGAACGAGCUCUUGUCAUUGAUCACGAACACUCCCGACGAUGUAGAUUUUGCAGGAAAGGAGAUGGCACAAAUCCCGAAGCUCGCCCUAGUUCCUCAUCUCGAGGAAAGCAUGGAUCUCCCUCUCACGACAUUCUUCCUCCUGAAUAAGGCCUUUAAAUCAUUUGUUUACAAUUUCACGGAUACACGGGAGUGGACGGGACCACUCAUUUCGAACACUCGAGCGCCAAUUAGCAACACACGAACCUUUUAUCUGCCACAAGAAGUUCUCAGAGGCUUGCGAGAUCGCUGCAGAACGCGUCAAACAACUAUUACAGCGCUUGUUACAGUUCUCACAGCCCGGAGUUUGGCUCUGUUGUAUCCAACUCACACUCGAUUUGUGGCUUCAGUCCCGUUCUCACUGAGGAAGUUCUCGAAACAUUCGCCAGAUGACAUGGGCUGCUUAACCGCCAUCGCCGAGCCACAUUUCUCAUCGGAGCCAAAUCAGCCAUGGGGCUACAUGUCGUGUAGGUUCGGUAGCACCCCUGAUGCGCCAAGUGCAUCCGACGACGAGAAGCUGUGGAAAGAAGCCAAGGCAUGCAAAGACCUCAUCCACAGACGAAGUGGGUCUUCUACAAAUCUGUCAGUCGGCCUGACCAAGUUUGUCGGUGAUUACCGGCAACACUUUCUGAACAUGGUGGGCGGACGGAGACGGCAUGCCUUCACAGUCACCAACAUCGGCGUUGUAGAUGGUGGUGGAUCGCUGUCACCAGCUACAGAGAAGGGACAGGCCAUUUUCGAUCGAGUGGUGUUUUCAGUGGGAGCUUCGACAAAUGGUGCUCCCUACUCCAUCUGCCUUGCCUCUGCUACUGACGGUUUCACGUCCGUCACUCUCAAUUGGGAGACAGGCGUUGUAGAGGAUAGAGACGCACAUGAUCUUUUGGGUGCGUUGGAGAGAGAAAUGAGCCGCUUAGCUGAAUUCAAGGUUCAGGGGCGUUAA